ACUACCAUUUCUGCAAACAUUGCGUUAACCGAAAGGUCGAGGAGUAAACACGUUGCAACUUACUUUGAGCUUCAGUUCAUUUCCCAUUUUCUUGAGUUAUGGGAAAGAAGGGUCGUAAAUUCAACAACAAACGUGGAAAUGGAGGAAAUAAAGUUGAAAAACCAAAGAAAGAGAGACCUAAGACGGACUAUGUUGAAGUGGUUCGAGAAAACUUAGAUUUUGAAAAAUAUUACAAGGCUCAGAAAAUUGUUCCUGAGAAUGAAUGGAAUGACUUCAUAUCCUGUAUGAAGGAGAAUUUGCCUGCUGCAUUUAGAAUUACUGGUACCAAGAAAAUGGCUCAGGCAUUGUUACAUGUCAUGCAGAAAACAUUUUUUGAGCCAUUAUCGCAACUGACACCUCCAGAACUUACAGCCGAGGAAAUUGCUGCUGGAGAGGAACCCAUUAAGCCUCUUAAGCCAAUGUGCUUACCAUGGUAUCCAGACAAUCUUGCAUGGCAACUUAACCUGACAAGAAGAGAUAUACGCCGCUGUGAAGCAUAUUGGCAGUUGCACCAGUUUUUAAUCUCAGAAACAGAGACUGGUAAUAUUUCACGCCAAGAAGCUGUCAGUAUGAUACCACCUAUAGUGUUAGGUGUUGAGCCACACCAUAAGGUCCUUGACCUUUGUGCUGCUCCAGGAAGUAAGACCGCUCAGAUCAUAGAGUUUUUGCAUAGCUCAGAAGAUGAAUUUUUGGCUGCCAUUCCUCCAGGAUUAGUGGUUGCUAAUGAUGCAGACAACAGACGCUGUUACAUGUUGACUCACCAGACAAAAAGGUUGCAGAGUCCCUCCAUCUUGAUCACUAACCAUGAUGCAGCAUUUAUGCCAAAUUUCCAUCAUAGUCGGAAAGAUGGUAGCACUGGACCAUUGAAAUUUGAUAGAAUCCUCUGUGAUGUCCCAUGUUCAGGGGAUGGUACUAUGCGGAAAAACUUUGAUGUUUGGGGCAAGUGGAAUCCUGCUAAUGGUGCAAAUCUUCAUGGACUUCAGUUAAGAAUAGCACGCCGUGGCCUGGAAAUGCUUGCAGUUGGUGGUCGCAUGGUGUACUCAACAUGCUCUCUUAAUCCCCUUGAGGACGAAGCUGUGAUAAAACGACUGUUACUUGAAGCUGAUGGUGCAGUCCAGUUGGUAAACAUUUCAGAGCAGUUGCCAGGCCUUAAGUUUAUGCCUGGUUUAGAAGACUGGAAAAUAAUCAACAGGGAAAUGGAAGAUAUUGACAGCCCUGAAAACAUCCCUCUGAAAAACACUAAUUUAUAUAACAAACAUUUAUUUCCCCCUUCAGCAGAAGAGAGAGAGAAGCUCAGCUUACAUAAAUGUAUUCGAAUCUUGCCUCACCACCAAGAUACUGGAGGAUUCUUUGUUGCCUUACUUGAAAAAGUGAAACCACUUCCUGGGGAAAAGGUGUAUAUAGAAUCUGAUCAACCAGUUGAUAAAAGUGCAUCUGCAGCAAGCACGCAGAGGAUCCGUCAGCCUCCAAAGAAGAAACGGCGGCAGGGUUUCAAGGAAGAACCAUACUAUUAUUUUGAAGAAGAUGAAGUUGUCUGGCCUGGAAUUGACUCAUUUUAUGGAAUCCGCAAAGAUGUUGAUCCUGGUUUGUUUCUAACACGGACCAAAGAAGGGAAGAAGCGGAACCUAUAUUUCACUAACAGUUUAGUAAAGGAUAUUGUGCAGAUGAAUCAAGAUUUCAUUAAGAUCAUUAAUACUGGUGUAAAAGUUUUGGUCCGCAGUGACAACAGAGGUGCAACUUGUGAUUUCAGAUUGGCCCAGGAUGGAUCAGAAGUACUGCUUCCUUUAAUAACUAAAAGGAAAAUAACUGUGACUCAUAGUGAUUUAGUGUCCUUGCUUUUAAAUGAUGAUAUGGAAAUGCCACCUGAAACAGUGACUAUGGACCAAAAGACACAAGAGCAGUGUUCUGAAUUAUGUACAGGAGCAGUUGCCUUCUUGUACCAGGCGGAUGACAGCGUUACAAUCAAAUUCGUUGGAUGGAAGGGCAAAAAAUCUUUACGAGCUUAUGUUGCCAAAAAUGAUCGCAUUCAUUAUUUGAGAUUAUUAGGUGCAGACACUUCUAAAUAUGAAAAAAACAAAUUUGAGCUGCAGAGGAAUCAAAUGGCCAGUAAUCCCCCUGAAACGAAUAAAGAAGGAGAAGAAGAAAUGAUUACUAACCAAGAAUCUGAAGAAGCAGAGUAUUGGAUCCCACAUCUCUCAGGAGCAUCCUCAUCUGUAGCAUAAUAAUCCAAAUGCAUUCCAACCAUAACUCUCAACUUUUGUAGUCACACAUCAGAUAUUUUCUUCAUUUUUUUUGUAAGUUCUGCUACUACAAUGAAUACUGGUAAGGAAGGUAAAAGGGACAGCAGCAGUAUGUCAGUGUAGUAGCUCUUUUGUCUCAGUGUUCCUUAGGACUGCUGUAUAUCUAGUGUUUAUUUUAUAUCAUAUUUAUAUCUUAGUAGAUUACAAAAGAAUUUCAUCAAAUGCGUCAUUUGUGAUGUCAGUACUGUAUACACAAAUUUUUUUGGGAGUUCUUUGUAAUAUAUACUUCAAAUGUGUAUUUAUGAUUUCUUAGUUUGUAAAAUAAUUUCUAUACAGUGCAAAUACAGAAUGUGAUGCU